GCCCUCCCUGCAGGCGCGGAGGAUGGGGCUGCGUCACCGGAGGGAAGAUCUUCAUCGACAGCCACCGCGCGGCCCUCCCCAGCCCGCCCCGCGCCCGGCGCCCGGGGAGGAGGACCCGGAACCCCGCGGCCCGGAGGCUGGUCCUCCCCCCGGGAGGCGGGGCCUCGCCUUCCCCCGCGGGGGUCCCGCCCCGCCCUCCCCGUCCAGACCCCGCGCGGCCUGGGCUGCGGGCGGCGGGAUGCGGCCGCGCGCGGGCCCGUGGUGGCUGCUGCUCUGGGCGCCGCUGGCCGCGGGCUUGGGGCGCGCGAAGGAGGCGCGCGGGGCGCCGCUGGCAGUUCCAAGGUGCAGAGCUUUGAAGGAAAUGGAUUUAAUUAAAAAUUCGGAGUCAGACUGUUACUGCUACCAUCAAAAAACCCAAAUCGAGUGGAAAUACAUAUGGUCAACUGUGCAGGUGAGGCUCACCAGCGCAGACCUGCUCAGUGUUGCGUAUAUCACAGAGAGACACAACUGCCAGGACCCAGAGACCGUCCUUUCUCUGACCAAGUGUGCGAUCCACGCGUUCUGGACCCCGAGCGAGUCGCAUGAAAUAUCCGUGAGCAUCCGCCCACACGCGGAGACCGUGUGCUUCUCUGUGAAGCCGGCCGGGAGGCACACGGUGCAGGUGACUCGCAGGGUUGUGGAUUUCGGGCUCGUCCUCCUGUUCGUGGCCGGCAUCGUCCUCUUCCGCCUGGCGGCGCGCUUGAGUCAGAGCCCCGCUUUCUAUUACUCCCUGGGGACGGCGCUCGGCGUCCUGAUGGCACCCGUCUUCCUGCUGCUGCUGGCGAGAAGGUGCAUCCGUAAGUGCAGCACCUUUGGGGCUGUGAUGGUUGCUUGUUGGUUUGCUUCAGUGUAUGUGGUGUGCCAGUGGAUGGAGAACCUGCCGUGGCUGUGGGGUGAGCACAGGAUGUAUGUCGUAGGGCGCACUGACGAGGCCACGCUUUGGAUUUCUCCGGUUCCCGCCCUGUGGUGCUACGUCUUGACUGUUGGGUGUCUCAGCUUUGCUGCCUGUUACAGACGCGGGCCCCUGGUCAAGGAGAGGAGCCAGCGCCUCCUGGCAUGGACGCUGCGGCUCCUGGCCCUGGCCCUGACCUGCAGCGGCGCCCCCAUGCCCCAGGUCGCGUGGACCACCGUCGGCCUCAUGCUGCUGACCCGGGGUCUGCACUACUCGGGGAGAGCCCUCAGGAACGUGAGGAAGUGGCUGAGGUCCCGAAGGCUGGCGGUCAAGUACCUGACUGAGGAGCAGUACCGGGAGCAAGCUGCCGCCGAGACCACCCGGGCCCUGGAGGAGCUGCGCCAGGCCUGCCGCCGGCCCGACUUCCCGUCCUGGCUGGUCAUGUCCAGGCUCCACGCGCCGAAAAAGUUUGCAGACUUCGUCCUCGGAGGAAGCCACUUGUCGCCCGAAGAAAUGCGUCUUCACGAAGAGUACAGCCUGGGGGGCGCCUUCCUGGAGGAGCAGCUCUUUAACCUGGGGCAGCGGCCGAGGCCUGAGUGUCCUGCUCCUGCCCCCUGCCCUCUGCCCCCGCCCCCUGCCCCUGCCCUGGCCCUGCCCCCUGCUCCUGCCCCCACCCCUGCCCCCGACCUUGCCCUUACCCUGCCCCCACUCCCCUGCCCUGCCCCUGCCCUGUCCCCACCCUCUGCCCUUGCACCCGCCCCUGCAUGUCACUCAGGACCAAGACGUGUGUAGUAGCGGAGGGGAUGGUGGCAGAAGACGUGGCCGUGGGAAGACCCAGGCGCACGGGAGAGGACGGUCCCUCGCGGCCAGCCUGCUGUUUAUCCUGCUGCGCCCGCGUCCUGGGCCUGCCAUCGCCACUUCCCUCGAGUGAAGAUCUCCACUCGGAACAGGGGGCCUGUGUUGGCCUCCAGGGGCCAGCGGGCCCGGGUCAGUGCCUGUCGGCCCCAGGGCACUGCGUGCUCUCUGCCCCAGAGCCUGUCUGCCCAGACGGUGCCGGCGCAGGUGCUGGGAGGCCGACCCGUGUGCCCAGCGCGUCCGAGUGCUGAUCAGUGCUGCUCAGGACGGAUUCUCAGGUCAACUCAGACGGACACCGCAUGCAGCAGGACCGCCCAGGGCCUUUAAGGGCGCCCGUGCCCACGUGUCUCAGGAGAGAUCGCGUCGCGGUUUCCGACUUCAUUUGCCCACAGACCCGUGUUCCAGGAGACGAGGAUUCCCUGGCUCACGUGUGAAGAACGUGCUAUGAUGGAGGCGCUGGGGUCUGGGACGCGCGGCAACUUGUCCCAGCCCACACUCGGGCAGCGCGGGGUGGCGCUUCAGCCCUGGCAUGGCCCACGGCCGGGCACCGGGCGAGGAGGCCUUCCGAGGGGCGCGAGGCCGCCUCCCCCGGCCCUGGCCUCACUGGACUGGUGACUUGUUUAUAUUUAGUAACAGCCUUCUAGCUGUUUGGUGACUGAUGAAGAGAAACAUUUCCUGCGCUUCUAUUUGAGCGUUUUGGUAAGGCUUUUAUAGGCAGAGCCGAUUAGCAUCACUUUUGUGUUUCCGUGUGCUGAAGCUGGAGUCAUCUGCCCUCUCGUGACAUUUUGCAUCGACGGUUCAUUUCUAAAACCGCCGAGUUCUCUAUUCGGUAACAGUUCCCUGCAGGACUGAUCUGUGAUCUUCCUCACGGAGAGCAGGCCUUGUUCUGGACGCCUCCUGUUAAGACUCCAGGGGAAGGAGGGACUGACUGUGAGUGCCGCGUGGACCGAGCCCAGCAGGCCCACGCGGAGGACUAAGACGUGGAUCCGACGUGGCACAGCGGCCCGGGGGCGACGGUGUCGCCGAGUGGGUUCUGAGACUCCGAGGCAUCGAGCGAGCGGCCUUUCACUGGAGAGGAGAGGUGGCGGGGGGCGUGCGAGAGCUGAAGGCGCUCUCCCGAGCCAGGUCUCGUGGCCUCGUUCUCACUUGUUGGGUAGCCUGGCUACCCGUGUGGGACUUUCUGGAUUGAUCUUCCAAUGCUCUUGCCCCUCCAGGCAGCGUUUACAGGCCUGCAGUGUUGCCAGACACCAGUUCAUGUGAGGAGCUCUGUUCUUUCUGUAAAAUGCACUAAAUUCCAUCUGUGCUUUCACACAGCCUCUGAUUUUACUUAUUUUUAAUGUUUUUAUUGAUUUUUUUAGAGAGAGAGGUAGGGAGAAGGACAGAGAGAUAGAAACAUGGACGAGAAAGAGAAUCAUUGGUCAGCUGCCUCCUGCACAUCCCACACUGGGGAUCAAGCCCUAAACCCAGGCAUGUUCACCGGGAAUCAAACCGUGACCUAUUGGCUAAUGGGUGUACGCUCGACCACUGAGCCACGCCGGCCGGGCAGUAGCCUCUGAUUUUAAAAAUCAAAGUGUCUCCCGUUCAGAUUUAUGAUGAGGUUUUGUAGGUGUUUACAGUUCAGGCUGAUGUUUUGUAAUUGUAUUUGCUGGUGACACGUGACACAUGCACACGUCAGAUGCGUCAGUAUUUGUGUCCCUGCACUCCUCUCCCCAGAGGCAGCUGGUGUCCCACCACACGCGUGUGACUGAGGGGGCCCCGGGCCUUGCCUGUGCCGGGCACGGAGGUGCUGACCAGCCGGGGUAACCGUCACCAGAGAAACAGCUGGCGGGAGAGCAGCAGAGCCGCGUCUCCCAGGGGGCUGGCUUCAGUUAUGCCGCAGAGGACGCCGUGGAUUGUCCGUGUCUGUGGAAAGCUGAGCCAUUAAAGCGUCACUUGUGAUGUGGGGUGCCUUUCCCUGGGGUUCGUUUGAUUUGGGGUUCGUUGUGGUGCUGCUCACAGUUCUGAUCCCCAUCAAGCACUGUUGGCUAGCUCCCCUGAGAUUCUCCCCCUUCCUUCCUCCUUCCCCAUCCCCUCUCCCUCCCCCGCCUUCCUUUGCCUAAAGGCCUGUACCGCUAGAUGAGCACUCCGUGAAGCAGCUCUGUCCCUCAGGAGGUGAGCUUCGUGCCUCCGGCCGCCAGAGGUGCAGCCGGGGCCUCCCCGAGCCCUUGGCCGGCCGCUGCUUGGCCGGUGCCUCACCAAGCUCGCUGUCCUUAGCAGGUGGGAGGGGCGCUGACCCCAGCAGUGCCGGUGAGACUCCCGGAGGUGGCCAGGCCCGCACAGUCGUGCCAUUCAAACGCCGUGUUUAAAAGGUUUUAGGGCACAUUUUACACAUCUCAGAAAACGCGUUGUGAAUUGCGUGUCGUUUGCCAGUACUACUGAGGGGGGACUAGAGGGGAGUGCCCGUCUGACACUGAGGAGGAUGUUUGAAUGUGUGACUUUUAAAAAAACCCAGAAACUGAACAGAUUUGAGGUUUUAGGUUUAGGAUAGAUAGAUGAUGGGUUACAUCCACAUGUGUAAACAUGUGGACGAAUCAACCCCCGGAAUGAUGUCCAGAAGAGAAGGAGGAUCUUACGUGACUCUGCAUGUGAUUGUCCCGGAGUUAGAGUGCAGGUGGUUAAACCGCUUUCUGGUCCAGCGGGUGGAAGGGGCCGGGAGCUCUGGCCUGACGGGCGUGGGGUCUGGAGAAGCCCGCAGUGAGGUGUUCAGGCGCCGCCAGGAGCCGGCUGCCUUCCGAGCCAGCCCACUGGGUAUGACACUGGUGAGCUAACGGGUGGCUGUGCCCCUGGGUGUUGACCCAGGACCCCCACUUGGCCAUGACCCCUAAGAAGACCUUGCUCACAGCAGCCAGCCGUGUGGUCUGCCAGGCACGGUCCGCAGCAGCCGUGUAAGGGCGUGAGGACAGACCGUGGAACCCACAGGACUGGCAGAUCCCCCUCGGAAAGCAGCCCCACAGGCAUCAGGCGUAGGAAGAGCCCUGCCCGGUGGGCAGAAGGGACAAGGCUGCUGUGUCGCCCGCGUCAGUGUCAUCAAACCAACACGUGAUGCAUCCCCCGCCCCCCCCCCCCCCCCCCCGGCCUAACCUCGCCGAAGUGACGGGAUACCCGGUGUCGGCCAUGACCGCCCCUUCCUGGACGCAGGCCCGAGCGCCUUUUCCUCUCGGCGACUCCUUUUCUCAUCUUCGGUUCUCGACCGGAAGCCCCUUCGGGAGGGGGUGCUCUGCACUGAGAUGUGAGAGGCUGCAGCCUUCCUGUGGCCCAGGAGUCCAGUUGUCUUGAGGUAAAUGCGUAUUUUUGCUCUGUCCCCUGAAUGUGCUACCUAAUGCGUCACCAGAGAUUAGGGAUGAGGAUGCACUCACCAGGAGAGAUCAGGAGGUGCCUUCUGCAGGGCAGCUGCUCUUCUUGUUUUAAUUGGGGGGGGGGGGGCGGGGGGGAAGGCUGGCUGGCUGGUGUGGCUCAGUGGAUAGAGCGUUGGCCUGCGGACUGAAGGGUCCCAGGUUCGAUUCCUGCUCAGGGCACAUGCCCGGGUUGCAGGCUCGAUCCCCAGUAGGGGGUGUGCAGGAGGCAGCCGAUCAAUGAUUCUCUCUCAUCAUGGAUGUUUCUAUCUCUCCCUCUCCCUUCCUCUCUGAAAUCAAUAAAAAUAUAUUUUUUAAAAAAUAA